GGUGGACAGUCUUAAUUCAGCUUCUGCACGAGCAGCUUCGUGGAUUAGUUCCCUCCUGGUGCAUCAAGUCAAGUCUUUAUUUUUCACAUCCUCUUUCUCUAUACAACUAUAUACCCUUCGACAGAUUUAUCGUCGCACCGUCGCACAAUAAUCGCGGCGCCCGAAGCUGCACCCAAUCUUUUAUUUUCUCUUUAUCAAAAGUCUCUCUCUCUCUCUCUUUCUCUCUCUUUCUCUUUCUCUUUCUCUCUUUCUCUCUCUCUUGAAAACGGGAAGGGAAAGCGUAGUAGUACUCUUACCAAGAGUAUUAAGAUAAUUUAUUUAGUUUAAUAAUACGCGAGACGACAAGCAAGUUUUCGUUUAUUUAUUUAUUAUUCCUCGAGAAUAUUGUAUUAGUUAGUUAGUAACCGACUCGAUUUUAUUUACCUGCCUGAAACACGGGAAGCCCAUCGACGUGUAUACACGAUUCUUCCUCAAUAUUUCAAGGAGCUUCCUGUCAGCAAUAUGCCGAGUAGUAAAACAAGAAUCGCCAUAAUUGGUGGCGGUGUCGCUGGAUUGGUGGUUGCUCGCCAUACAACCGCCAAAUUGGAUACUUACAGUGUUACAUUAUUCGAGCAAACCGAUCAAGUCGGCGGAACUUGGAUCUAUACUGACGAAACUGAUGUCGAUAAACAUGGAUUACCGAUUCACAGUAGUAUGUACAAAAAUCUAAGGACGAAUCUUCCAAGAGAAAUAAUGCAGAUACCCGAUUUUCCAAUGAAGGAGGACGAAGGAUCGUCAUUUGUUCAUCACAGCAUAAUUCGAGAGUAUCUUUGGGAUUAUGCAAAACAUUUUAAUUUAUAUCCACAUAUUAAGUUGAACACAUUGGUGAAACACGUAGAGCCAGAAACUUUACGAAAUGGCCAGACGAUCUGGAUGAUCACGUAUCAGGAUUUAGAAACUAACGUGGAAACGACUAGAACGUUCGACGCCGUUGUCGUGUGCAAUGGUCAUUACACCGUAGGACACAUUCCACACAUCCCAGGCAUCGAGAGUUUUCCUGGGGAAUCCAUACACAGCCAUCAGUACAGAGUGCCGGAAAUGUUUGCCAGGAAGAAAGUUUGCAUUCUGGGUGCAUCUUGGUCUGGUAUCGAUAUCGCAAUGGAAAUCUCUCAAUACGCCGAAAAGAUAUAUUUAAGCCACAAUCUACCUGAAAGUGUUGGCUCGCAAAUGUCGAACGUCGUAGAGGAGAGGCCUGGAAUCCAAUCGAUUCAAGGAAACAUAUUCAUCUUCCGCGAUGGUUCCACUGCAGAAGUAGACAACUUCAUAUAUUGCACCGGUUAUAAAUUUACGUAUCCCUUUAUGUCGACUAAAGUUGAGAUGCGUACGGACGACAACCACGUCGAGCCGAUUUACAAACACCUGAUACACAUGGAUUAUCCGAAUUUAUUCGUGAUGGGAUUGCCCGGAAUAGUAAUUCCAUUUCCCAUGUUCCAUCUCCAAGCUCAAUAUAUUUUAGGUAUUUUGGAAGGUCAGAUCAAACUACCUUCGACCAAGCAAAUGUACGAAGAGUACGAGAAGGAGAAGAAAGCUCUGCUUGAUAGUGGAAUUCCGUUAAGGCAUAUCGUCAAACUAAAGGAACGACAAUGGGCGUACUAUGAUGAAAUAGCCGCGGCUGCCAAAAUUCCAAGCUUCCGUCCAGUAAUCAAAAAGAUCUACGAUCACUCGAACGAAAUGCGCGAGAACGAUUUCACCACUUACAAGAAUUACCAAUAUCGCAUAAUAGACGAUGAAAAUUUCGUAGCUUGUUACUGUAAACCUUGUUAAGGCUUAAACGCGAGAACCAGAUAUUUCAGAUAAUUGAUCAUUUUGAACUGAAUCAAAGUUCGCAAUUGCUUCGCAUUCUCUGUGUGAUACUGCUUGCUCUUUUUCUUUAAUUAAAAAGCAAAAGCACGUCAGCGUCUUUAUUUGUCGGGCCAGAAAUGUUAGUGUAUACAUUGUCGACGUAAAACAAUUCGUAAGACGCUAGAAACUUCGUACGCGCAAAUUCUUUUAGCGUUUCGCAUACUUCUUUACCGAGUAAAGCGUGUGUCGAGACGAGAAUGAAUACAUAUUACGAAAUCGAAUGCAUUAAGUAAUGCUUGUGGGUAUAGAAAUGCGUUUGAUGCAUUUAAGUGUCAUUUACAAGAUACGUUUCAACGCGAUUGCGAAAAUUGCACGUGUAUGUGCAUAAAGAACGCGUCAAUUGUAUUGUAUUGUAUUACUUAUAUCGAUUAAAAACAUGAACAUUGUACAUUGUACAAACUAUUAAAAAAAUAUAUAUAUAUAUAUAUUUUUACAAAUGAGA